AUACCCAACUCUCAUACAUUGGCCAAUUAGGGUUUUAGGUUCUUACACUACUUGGCCUCUCUCGGUUCUGCUUUCUGAAGCGAGCGCCUCCAAAGCAAAGAAAAUGGUGAAGGGACGCCAGGGGGAGCGAAUCAGGCUCUAUAUCAGAGGAACAAUCCUCGGGUACAAGAGGUCCAAGUCCAAUCAAUACCCAAACACCUCCCUAAUCCAGAUUGAGGGAGUGAACACAAAGGAGGAGGUUGCGUGGUACGCUGGCAAGCGCAUGGCUUAUAUCUACAAGGCCAAGGUGAAGAAUAAUGGUACUCACUAUCGCUGCAUUUGGGGAAAGGUGAUUAGGCCCCAUGGUAACAGUGGUAUUGUUCGUGCUAAGUUCAAGUCGAAUCUUCCACCAAAAUCCAUGGGAGCUAGAGUUAGGGUUUUCAUGUACCCCAGCAACAUCUUUCCUUCACGCAGACGAACUCUUGCACUCGCCGGACCCACGCUGAACCUGAACAAGUUUCUUGGCCUGGUUCACUCCGACUUUCCCUCCUCUCUCGCGCCCCCGCACAGACUCCAGGGUUUCCCCCCAUCUCCAAUGGCACAGAUCGCACUGACCGCCUCGGCAACACUCGUAUCCUUCAAAGGCGGAUCAAAACAGGGGGCGACGCUAUUCUCCGAUUCUCUGAGAGUAUCGGGUGCGGCUGCCAAUUUAUCGUUAUCUCCGAGUAGAGGGUUUGGAUUUGUUUCUUCGGACCGAAUAAGAAGGGGAAUCAAAGGUGUUGCCAAGGUAUCAGACGGUCAAACUGAUCCCUUAUAUUACACCUGGCCGGAUAAUAAGCCGUCGGAUCGAGACCCACCUCCCGGAAUGAAGGGCUCAAGCCGGUUUUUCACGAUCGGCCUCGUCGCCUCCUGGUACUCCUCCAACAUUGGGGUGCUCUUGCUCAACAAGUACCUGCUCAGCAACUACGGGUUCAAGUACCCGAUCUUCCUCACCAUGUGCCACAUGACCGCUUGCUCGUUGCUCAGCUACGUGGCCAUCGCGUGGAUGAAGGUGGUUCCCAUGCAGACCAUUCGGUCUCGAGUCCAAUUCUUCAAGAUCUCGGCACUCAGUCUCGUUUUCUGUGUGUCGGUCGUGUUCGGCAACGUCUCGCUCCGCUUUUUGCCCGUCUCGUUCAACCAGGCUAUUGGGGCUACGACGCCGUUUUUCACUGCUGUCUUUGCGUACCUUAUGACCUUGAAGAGGGAGGCUUGGCUUACCUAUGUGACGCUCAUUCCUGUUGUCACGGGGGUCAUCAUCGCAAGCGGGGGUGAACCAAGUUUCCAUCUGUUUGGGUUCAUAAUGUGCAUUGCAGCUACAGCUGCAAGGGCGCUCAAAUCAGUUCUACAAGGGAUUUUGCUCUCCUCUGAAGGGGAGAAGCUGAAUUCUAUGAACCUCCUUCUAUACAUGGCUCCAAUAGCUGUGGUCUUUCUGCUACCUGCAACGCUUAUAAUGGAGGAAAAUGUGGUUGGCAUUACCCUGGCUCUUGCUAGAGAUGAUGUCAAGAUCAUCUGGUAUUUACUAUUCAAUUCGUCGCUGGCAUACUUUGUAAAUCUGACCAAUUUUUUGGUCACAAAACACACCAGUGCUCUCACUCUCCAGGUACUAGGAAAUGCAAAAGGAGCUGUGGCGGUGGUGGUUUCAAUUUUAAUUUUUAGAAAUCCUGUAUCGGUUACUGGAAUGCUUGGUUACUCGCUGACAGUCCUUGGAGUUAUACUCUACAGUGAAGCCAAGAAACGAAGCAAAUGAGAUCAUUCUGGGAGAGCAUUAAAUAUUUUGGUUUUUUCUAAAGGGAGGCAGCUUCAACUCAAUGUGGAGGCAAGUUUGGAGCACAUGCCAGCAGUUGUGGCGUGGGUUUUGCCCUCUAAAUUCUAUUUUUUGCCCGGAAGCCUCACAGAUUGGCUUCCACUUGUAUCAGCAACAAACCCAGGAUUUAGCCAACAAGUAGAAAAGUUCAAUAAGUGACCGGAUAUGCCUCUAUUAUUCCCAGCAUGGGGUAUUGGAGGAAUGUCUUUCUAUUUUUAUUUUUUAUUCUUUCAGGAAAGGAUUGUAGAAUUGGGUCUGUCUACACAAUCAGUCUGUUAUCAACAUUUCUUAUAUUGAUUAAAUUAAUGAAAAACACUCAUUAAUCUUA